UUUUACAAAGUUUUAKUYCUAUCGACUGUGUUAUGUCACUCGUUGCUUGGAAUUCGUUGGAUAAGACAAUAGGUCAUGGUUCAGUGCGCCCAUGAGUGUAAAUACUGUAUAUAUCAAAUUCAUGAAUUUAAAUUUUAUUGCUCGACGUGUAGCCGUUACGACGCAUAUGAAAUUCGUCGCGAUUUUAUCCUUCCCAUUCAAACAUAUGUAGUAUAGUAUGGAAAAUGGUUCAGUUAAAGCUAAGGGUACGGUUAAGAGAAAUCCAGAAGAACUUUUUAACAAGUUUGUAGAAGCUGAAGAUUGUCCCGAAAUCAUACAGACUUUUCAACGGUUGGUGAAUGCGAUCGGGGUAGUUGCUGAAACUCCACGAGAGUUUUACAAAGGCUUAAAGAAUAAACUACAGUCAUGGAAGUGUAAAAGUUUGUGGGAACUGCUAGACAAUCGGGCCAACCAAAAGGAAUAUUUAAAAGGAAAUGUUUGUGAGGAUAUUCAUGCUCUUGUAAUAGGUUGCGGACCGAUYGGUUUGAGAACUGCUAUUGAAUUGUCUCUACUUGGAGCGCAGGUAGUUAUUGUAGAAAAGCGAAAGACAUUUUCAAGAAAUAAUGUACUGCAUUUGUGGCCUUUUCUUCUCACGGACUUCAGAUCCUUGGGAGCKAAGAAGUUUUAUGGCAAAUUUUGCUCUGGUGCCAUUGAUCACAUAAGCAUUCGACGUCUUCAAGCCAUUCUACUCAAAACAGCUUUAAUACUUGGUGUCAAGGUUUUUACUGGCGUGACAUUUGACAAGGUCAUUGAACCAACCAAUGAGGACGAUGGAUGGAAAUGUCACGUCACGCCAUUCAAUGAUGCACUAACAGACUAUGAAGUUGACGUUGUUAUUGGAGCGGAUGGCAAGAAAAAUGUUUUGCCGGAAUUUGCGCAAAUUGAAAUGCGAGGUACCCUUGCCAUUGGAAUCACAGCCAACUUUGUCAACAACUCCACUGAGCAAGAAACAAAAGUGGAGGAGAUCAGUGGAAUCGCCUAUCAGUUUAACCCUGGUUUCUUUGAUAAAUUAAAAAAGGAAAAAGGAAUCCAWUUAGAAAACAUCGUGUAUUAUAAAGAUGAGACUCACUAUUUCGUCAUGACAGCCGUUAAGUCUAGCCUUCUGAAAAGAGGCGUCUUGAAAAAGGAUUAUGGUAAUAAACCCCAAAAGCUGUUAAGUCAAGACAAUGUGGACCAGGAAAAGCUAGUGUGUUAUGUGAAUGACGCUGUAAACURYGCUACCAAUGGACAACUUCACAACCAUGAAUUGAAACGAGACGAUAAAGGAAAGGCAGACAUAGCAGUGUUUGACUUUACAUCCAUCAAGAAAGCAGAGAACAGUGCCAGGAUAUUAGAGCGAAAAGGUCACAGACUACUACUUGCACUUGUAGGGGAUAGCCUCCUUGAGCCUUUCUGGCCAACUGGUUCUGGUUGUGCUCGUGGAGUUCUCAGUGCACUCGAUGCAGCUUGGAUGGUUCGUUCAUUUGCACAAGAUAAGCCUCCAUUACAGAUCCUCAGUGAGCGAGAGAAYAUUUAUCGUCUACUUUCUGGUACAAGUAAUGAAAACAUGCACAAGAACUAUGCAGCAUAUACCAUUAACCCUUCGUCCAGGUACACUCACAUACCUCAGAAAAAGAUCCAGGAAGUGUACCAUCUGUAUGAUACAGAUGACCCUGUCAAUGCUGACUUCAGUCUUGGAAGUCCUACAGGAAUAUUGGCUGCUAAAGGAUCAAAAAUGAGGCGUGUUAGCACGGCCAUCAAGCCACAUUAUCGACCCAACAGAAAGCACAUCAAGUUUACUGCUCAUGCGUCUUUUGACUCUCAAGCGUUAAGCUCGUCUGGCUCCAGCUUGGAGGACCUUACUUCCCAAUGGAAUAGUAGGAAGCCGCUUAAAACUGACAGACAACAGUCCGUAUCGGAGCCUUUGACUUCAGGUGGAGAAGAAGUUCAUGAGAUCACCAAAAAGAGUAAAUGGGGUAAACGUCCAAAGAAAACUGCAAAGUCUCCCAAGUCACCAUCGCAUCAUAUAACGAAGYCAUCURCCAGUUCAGAAAAAGUGAAAUCCAAGAAACCCAAAAUGGCUGCAGAUCGUACAGUAUCCAGUCCAGCAUCUGCCGUCGGACAUUCCACUCACAAGCGUCGAAGUUUCUUUACRUUUGGUCGUGUGAGGUCAAAAUCUMGGGCAGGAAAAAAAUCUCCAAGACACCAUUCGCCAAAYGCGAUWGUUGAAGAACAAAUUAAGUCUAUUGUGAAUGAAAAUAGAGUUGAAUCAUCCAAUGAUGACUUGAUUUCACGAGAAAUAAGCUCGUUUUCCCGUAACCACCCCAUGAGGCGGUCAGCAAGAGAUAUCAUUGCCGAAAUAGAAGCACGUAACAACACAACAAGUAACGUUACACAAAGAAAACAUUCYUUGGUAAAACAUGGCGAUCGAAGCCUUAAAGAAAUCACUGCUAAAACAGAUAACCAGACGAGUUUUAAACGAACGACAAGUGACUCUAGUUUGUAUAGCACCCCUCCAACCAAGCACUCCAAGACUGAAGACUUAUGGAAGGAAAUAGAAAGUAUGUCUCCAUGCGCUAAAGGAGCAGUACCAGCGCUUUCUACAAUGAAUCCAGACUAUCAAAAAGAGAAUCAUUCUUCUGCAGCCCACAGUAAUCUAUCAUCAGCUAUGCGUAUUGCGGGACUGAUGGCCAUCGCAACACCGCUGCUCGCUAGUGAUUGCAGGCAACAUGGAACCAAAGACCUUCCAUGGUAUUCCAGAAACACCGGUCGCGUCAAAGAAACAAUCAAUAAAUAUGAUAGUUUGACAUCACGACGUCUCGGUUUGACRAAGAAUGSCACUCCUUUGAGAGCUCCCAAUGACAGGGUUGAUAGUGCAGACAGAAAACCAACAUUGGUGGAAAUUGCACGUCGAGUCAUGCUACAGAAUAAAAGUGGUGAAGAAGAUGGAUCUGCAUCUUGGCAUCCGACUGCUCUAGCUGUCGUUGAAGGAAAGACGAGCCCUAGCACCAUAAACAACCAAGACAGGUCACGUGAGAAGGAGAUGGAAAAGCUUCGCCUGUUUGGUAAAAAACUGUCAUCGUUGGAUCAAGAAUCGACUGAUAGCCCGGUGAAAAAAGAUUUCACAUCUCCUAUUUACCGAAAAACGUUUAUUGCCGACCUCGCUAAAGCGGAAGAUACUGCUGACCUGAAUGAUAGCAGUACUACUGAUCUAAACAAAAAGGAUGACGCAAAUCUCAAGAAUAACGUUGGCCAUGAGCCAAAGGAUGAAAAGCACGGGACGCCUCGGAAACAACUGAGUAUUUCGCGUGACUAUCAGUCCCAGGAGGGAGCAUGUCUCAAAUCACCCGCCCUGGCCUUGAAAGACAUGGAGCGUCUUMUGUUGAACCUGACAGAAACAGUAUCGCAAGAACGAGCAGAAACAUCMAUUAAGUUUCUCAUUAGUAUGUUCAGGAGAAUACAACGAAAUCCUAAAGAAGAUAAAUUUCGCCGAAUUUUCAAAAGCCGCGUGAAGUUUAAAAAGUAUGUCUGGACGGUCCGUAACGCUAAGAUGUUUCUUUUCGCAAGUGGAUGGAUUGAGGUCGGAAGUUUCCUCCUUUUUCCUUUUGAGAAGAAUGUUCGAGAACCUCUAUCCAUCCUGAAUAAGUAUUUAGGAAUGCUUGAAAGUGGCUCAACUGUUCAAAUUUCCACGAUCAAGUCAACUUCUCGUCGUGAAAUKAGUAAAUCAGCUACCUCGAAGACUGGAAACAAGUCCUCAGAAAAACCUGUCAACUAUGCCGACACUACACCUCUUCGAGCUCCUAGAGAGCCGCAAAAACUUCUCGACAGACAAUUUUCGAAAAGUGUCCCACUAAAUCUGAGUAAUGCUGACUGGGACCUAGAGAUGGAAGAUCCUCUCGAGCAAGUUAGUAUAAAUCACUCUGAAAAAGAUUCAAGAAGAGUAUUGAGUGCUUUUGAACUUAGAACGCCAGGAACACCCAUCACACCUGACUUUGCAAUUAUCGAAGAAAUUGAGGAACUAUCCAACACCUUGGACGACCUUAUGGAGUCAUUGGAAGAUGAUGAUACAGRAAAAGAACAAACAAAGGUCUCCACGAAAAGAGAGUCGCCCAAAGAAAUUAAAGAUUUAUGUACAACUAUUGAUUAUUUGCUAAAUAGUUCAGAAGAAGAGGAAUUACAUCGUGAUUUAAGUGCUUUUGAAAAUGAAGAGAAAGGCGUCUCCAAAGCACAUAURAAAAAGAGUGCGUUUACCAAAAUAACAACACCUUCUAACAAGCGAAGACAACUUCCUCCUGAAUCAAGUGCUAUUCAAAAGCCACUGAACAACGUUGAUAACGGCGCAGACAGUGUACAAGAUGUUUCUGUAUCAACAAAUGUURUGUCUGUAAAACCGGGACAGGACAGUACCAAUAGGUCGGUUUUAAGACAUUCUAAUAAAAUUCGACGAAAGCUCCCUAAGGAACCGAAAUCUGAUAAGGGAAUAUCUACCUCAAGCGCUAAACAGGGCCCACAAGAUGAAGCAUCACGAAGAAGAAAGCCCAUAGAAAAACGCAACGAAAAAUUGUCUAGACAAAUAUCUCAGGAAUCACUUUUACUUAUUCAGCGGAGAUUUGGGAGUGAGAGUUGUCUAUCUACUUCUAGCUCAAGGAACACAGAUUCUAGUAAAUUUGAAGCAGGACGCAAGAAGAAAACGGCUUCUUUGCCGCAAAAUACUGCAACAAAUGGAAAGGCAAGAAGUUUUAGUGAAUCGGKUCCAAAGGGAACCUCUAACAAUCAAACUCAAAAGGUUCCUUCCAAAAAGUCGCAGUCGGUAGUCGAUGUAUCUUGCUWUAAUGAAGCAAAGAAAGGUGAAAGACAAAAUAUGAAAAGCAAAGGCAAUGAUGCUGWGCUGAAGUCUUCAAACAACAACAAUUCCAGUGAACAAUUGGAAAAAUCUAACGCUACAAUGUCACGUCCAACMACGCGGAAAACCAGUUUAAGGAGAGAAAAUAGUAACACUGAGAGUGUUUCUUCUGCGGACAGCUCCGCUAGUCUAAGAGGUCGGCCGCCUUCAGGACUUGGAGGACGAACGCGUAGUGAAAGAGCAAAAAGACGACAGGAAAUUUCUCAGAAACUUGAAUGUUUGGAAACAAACUAUGAUUCUCUUGAGCAUAGCCCAAAAAAGACAUCGAGUAGAAAAAGUUCAACGUCAAGUUCAGCGUCAUCUAGAGUAACUGCAAAUASCAUGACAAACGAAAAGCGAAAGUCAUCUCUUCCUAGAAGUCACCUUACAGAUGAAAAGACAAGCACUGCCACAUAUCCGUCAAGGAAGGAAAAUCAGGAAAUAAAUGCUCCAGCAAUGAGGACGAGAAGUCGUUCAGCUACAGCUAAACGAACGCCAUCAAAUGCGUCGAUGGAACACGAGAAAAUGAGCGGUUCAAUAAAAGGAGAAAAGAACCGCCUCCUCUAUUCAACGAAGCAGCCACGAUCAAAUUCUUUUGGGAAAUCAAAAGCCAAAAUCUCACGUGAAAACGAGGGGAAAAGUACCACAGGAAAAAGAAAGCUUCCUACGACGAAGCUCGUAAACGCAGGCACUGUCACUCAAUCAAAUAUCCAAGAUACAACUUCGAAAAAACAAAGUGAAGAAUCCAAAGGUGUUGUCAAGAUACYACGGGAAGACAACGSAAACGACCAUGUGAAAACUAGUGGCCCUUCUUUGAGUGAUAGUUUUGAGGACAUCGUUAUAGUUGAAAGAACUGCAUUAGAAAGCACCUCAGWUGSCAACAACAACAGCAACAACAACAGCGAGCAAACAGAUGAAAAUGCGGCCGAUAACCCACAAGACGAUCUAAAAGUCGAACUGAAGAUGAAGAACACAGGCAGCUGGAUGGUCCUUGACUAUGAAGGCUCCAAUAACACACCACCMUCUACAAGAAAUAGCAGUUUUACUUCUCAUAUGAGUCACGACGAUUUUCUUGCACUAAACGAAGCUCAUGAUGCAAUAGAUGGUCUCCUUGAAGAUACUGAUGACACUGGGAUAAACUCAGUAAUCGAUUCUAAACAGGCAAACCAAUCAAAAUCACAGACAAAUGGGAGUGUACAAACAGAUACGGACUUAGAAGGCAGUAAUAUUGUAAGGAGAAAUGCUCUCAGGAAAAAGAAGAAAAGAAAGAGUGAGUCGAAGACGCAAGCCAYUAUGGMCUCAUCUAAUGGUAAAAAGAGUGUUUCUAUAAACGAAGACAAGCGUAACGUCGACAAGCYGMCAAGAGUUGAGAAGUCUCCAAAAGGURCUAAGAGUAAAACUCAUUUACCUUUUGGACUGAGGAGAAAGACGAUCGAUGAAAGUUACCCAGAAACCAACGGUGUAACAGAGCACGAAUCACCUGUUAUAUCUACUGCACUGAACUCUUCAACUUCAUCGCAAGAAAAAAGUGUUGAGAAGAAAAAAGUUUCACCCUUCAAACUUCUUACGAAGAAACGAAAAUCACCUGAACUACGGUCACUAAAAAACACAUAAUCUUGAGCUUCUUCACCUAUUUUAUGYUUUUACAAGGCGCUAGCAUCUGUUUUGAUUGAAAAGAUUUGUACCACCAAUAAACUGACCCCAUUUUWACUGAGUCCUAUUAAUUUUAUUAUUUUCUAUGAAAUGUAAAAAUGCCGGCCUAGGUUAUUAUGUUUGUUGGAGGUUUCGCUUUAAAAAUAGAUCAGAAYAUUAUUUUUGUUGUAAGUAGAAUUUAUCAGUGAUAGUGAUUAUUUAUUUAUCAGUGAACAAUUUUAUGAAA